AUGAGUGUUGAAGACAGGGAAGUUAUCACUCCCAUCAACCUCCUGAUUACACUCUUGUUAAUGCAGCCCAAUGUGUACCCCAGCACGGACACACCACUGACUGUUGGUGUGUUUGAACAAAUGAACACGAACAAAUGUUCCAUUCGUCAUCCGCCAGGAUCUCCAUGUCCUUUUGUGCAAAGCUACCUGCUGGUCACUCUGCACAUCAUGGCAUCAUCCCCAGGUGCAGGACUUUGCACUGCCUUUGUUGAACUUCGACCAGAUCAUUGGUACAAAAAUUACCCGAUUGCCAAAGGACGCCGUCAGUCACCUAUUGAAAUCAAUAACAAAGACGUACACUACGAUCGCUCCCUACUACCAUGGUUUGCUAGUUAUGAUCCUGGUGCAGCUAAGACCAUUCUCAACAAUGGGAAAACCUGCAGAGUUGUAUUUGACGAUUCAUUCGAUAGAUCAGUGCUGAGAGGUGGGCCACUUCCAGGAGUCUACAGGCUGCGUCAGCUUCACUUUCAUUGGGGUUCGUCUGAUGACCAUGGCUCUGAGCAUGUUGUGAAUGGAGUGAGAUAUGCAGGAGAGCUACAUUUGUUACACUGGAAUCCCAAAUACAGUAAUUACCUUGAUGCUGUGAGAAGAGCUGAUGGAAUAGCUGUUUUGGCAAUAUUUUUGCAAGUAGGGAAAACUCCCAAACCAGAGAUGAAGAGAAUUCUUGAAGAAAUAAAUGCUAUCAAAACAAAGGGGAAAGAAGCUCCUUUUACAAACUUCGAUCCUUCAAUUCUUUUCCCUAAAUCUCAUGACUAUUGGACAUACCAUGGGUCUUUCACUACUCCACCUUGUGAAGAGUGCAUCACCUGGAUUGUGCUUAGAGAGCCUAUCAUAGUCAGCUCAGACCAGAUGGCGAAGCUCCGCAGCCUGUCCAAGAAUGCUGAGAAUGAACCUAAUCUCCCUCUGGUUGAUAACUGGCGCCCAACUCAGCCUCGGUAUUUCAGGAUGGAAAAUAGAAAGAAGAAUAUCCUGUGGAAGAAGACCAUAAGGAACACUGCUCUUCUUGCUGACAUAAUACUUACUGAAUAUUUUUUGAAGAGGAAGCACAGCAUUUAA